AUGGAAAAGAAGAAUCAGAGCUUUGUGACUAUGUUUAUCCUUAUGGGGAUUCCCCAUGCUCCAGAACUAGAUACUGCCCUAUUUGGAAUUUUCUUAGUGAUCUAUGUACUCACCAUUGUGGGGAACCUACUUAUCUUGAUGGUGAUCAAGGUAGAAUCCCACCUUCACACUCCCAUGUACUACUUCCUAGCCUUUCUCUCCUUCAUUGACAUGUGGUUCUCUACUGUCACUGUGCCUAAGAUUCUUAUGGGUCUCCUCAACCCAGAUGGUGGAGCCAUUUCAUUUCACAGUUGUGUGGCUCAGCUCUAUUUCUUUCAUGUUCUAGGGAGCACUGAGUGUUUCCUUUACACAGUCAUGUCCUAUGAUCGCUAUCUGGCCAUCACUUACCCCUUACGCUACACUAGCAUGAUGAGUGGGAAAACUUGUGCCCUUUUAACUGGAAGUACAUGGUUCAGUGGUUCAGUGCACUCUGCUAUCCAGACUAUCUUGACCUUCCGCUUGCCCUACUGUGGCCCCAACCAGAUCCAGCAUUAUUUCUGUGAUGCACCCCCAAUUCUCAAAUUGGCCUGUGCAGAUACCUCAGCCAAUGAGAAGGUGAUCUUUGUCAACAUUGGGGUGGUAGCCUCUGGUUGUUUUUUCAUGAUUUUCCUUUCUUACGUGUCCAUUGUUCAUGCAAUCCUGAAGAUCCACACAGCAGAAGGCAGACAAAAAGCCUUUCAAACCUGUGCUUCACACUGCAUUGUGGUCCUUUGUUUCUUUGGGCCUUGUAUCUUCAUUUACCUGAGACCAGGUUCUAAAGAUGCUGUGGAUGGAAUUGUGGCUAUUUUCUACACUGUACUCACACCCUUGCUGAAUCCCCUGAUCUACACACUGAGGAAUAAAGAGGUGAAAAUAGCUCUACUCAGGUUACAGAACAGAGUAGUGUUUGCUCAAAGGAAUUAA